AUGUCGGGCACCACAUCCGGUCAACAAUUACAGACCCAGGCCUCAGGCACUGUAGAGAGGGACCAAGAACAACUUUCAGAUGCCGGUGCCGCCGAUCCGGAACACCACAUGACCAGGGAUGAUCUUACUGACGACCAAAAGCGCGACAUUCUGAACAAGGUUCUGCGGUCCACCAAUAGUCAGCUAUUUCCAUUUAUCGCAGAGCUAGAAGCAGAUAUCAUCCCGAAGGAUUUCGGACUGUCCAUGAGAGAUUUGGAGAUUGUAUUGCAUCCCGACAGAUGGACAAGGCAUGGGAGGGCGAAGGACGCUACGACAGCAGUUCAGAAGAUUAAACAUAUGAUUCAUUUAGGUGUGGAGAGAUUCGGUACUCGUAAUGGUGACUCAGCUAUGUGGAUAUAUUACCAUAAGGAUCCUGGCGACACAAACACUGGUGACCCGGAACCUGAUGUACCGCCGGCCCCUCCCAUUCGUCUGGCUUAUCCUGCAAAUCAGCCUGGCAAUCAAUCAGGCCCUCAACAGGAAAGCAACCCAGCACCGGUAUUGCAGACUCAAUAUAGCGUGCAAAAUGGCGCACGUGGGUUCAAUCCGGCCGAACUAGCCAGGCAACAUGCUGCUGGUUCCCGUCGGGUCCUCUCCUUUCGACCAAGGACAGUACAGCGUCAAGUGAAGCCUGGAUAUACAGCAUCUGGUGAAGAGAUUUGUUGCAUCCAGCCCCUGGGACCCAGCCGGGCAAAUUUUGUCGUCCGGGAUUCUGACGAAAGUUAUCGUCUUGUUGACAGCUCAACUGCUGGCGGUAUACCAACCAUAGAAGCUGCUAAGGCGGCAGGUAAGCCGCUUACUGUGUCAGAUCAGAACACGAUCAUGUUCUACCAGCAACGGGUCAGAAGUGGAGGCGAGUAUGGCCUUUUCUUUGUAGCGCCCGGUGUCUGGGAUACGGAGAAAAGUCGACUUCCACUCAUGGUUGUUGGUUUCUAUCAUGUUUCACCUCAAACCCCGAGAGUGGAAGCGGCUGUAUCCAGAUCUAACCUAGGCAAGAUAUUGUCCUCGCGUCAAGCAGAUCACAUGAUCGUACAAGGUAUGGGUGGUGAUUCCCAUUGGUCCCUCCGUGACGCCUUGGCAUAUCAGUUAUCGAUGGAGGCUCCACUCGGCCCAACCCACAUUAACUUUCCAUCUCAACGACCUAUGGCAGUAUUGCCCAACCAAUCAGGUCCUCCAGAUUGGCAAACCCCGUAUUAUGGUGGGAAUUGGAAUUCACAGCGCAUGCCUCUCGCGUGGAAUGAGCAGGCGCCUAUGUGGUUUCAGAAGCCACAGCAGCCUAGUCAACAAUUCCCCACCCAAGAGUUCCAAAGCAUCCCAUACCAGCAACCUGCGGCAGUUUAUCCUCAGUACACGACAGAGCCUGUAAACCGGCAAGCCUCCAAUUAUAUGGCACCUGCAUAUCAGCAGCAGCCACCAAUGAUGCCAUAUAAUCCUUCGCAUAUGCCCCCCCAGUUUCAGGCGUCGAGUCCUCAGCAGGCAAGACCGCAGGGGCCAGCAGGCAUAGUACAGCCAACCCAGCAGGACCCCAAUUAUAUGGCACCCGCGUAUCAGCAGCAGCCACACAUGAUGCCACAUAAUCCUUUGCAUAUGGCCCCCCAGUCGCAGGCGCCGAAUCCCCAGCAGGCAAUAUCGCAGAAUCCACCAAGCAUAGAACAGCAAACUCAGCAGCCGCUGCAGGUAUCCGUGGAGGGGCAAGGAGACAGCAACCAGCAGUAA